ACCAGUAAAGCCAAAGCGAGGUGGGUCCCAUCGCCCCCAACCCACAUUCAAAUGGACUUUUGUAUUUAAAGCUGUUACAAGGUCAACUCUCCCUACCUCACUGUCUGAGUCUGACACCCAAAUUCCGAAUUUGCCCCUUUCUCCAAUCCAACGGCUCAUCGCCUCCUUUUGACUUUUACAGCGCCCAUUUUCGAUCAUCAAUUCCACUACCGGUUCGCCGGUCCCCACCACCCUCCUAUUAAAACCCGGUCAAUGCUCUUCUCUCUCUUUUGAAUGCAACGUGGAGCGAUAUCAUUGGCUCUCCUUAACGUCAGAGAGAGAAAGUCCAUUAUUCCUUUGACUCUCCCUCUUUCUCCUCUCCGCCUAUUUUUAUCCUCAUUUCAACUUAUUUUCUCAGAUCUCUCUCUCUCGUUUAAUGCUUUGUAAGAGAUGGCGGUAGAGUUGAUGCCCGGAUACAAUCUCACGUCUAAAAUGGAAGUCAGCGCCGCCCAGGAGGCUGCCGCCGCCGGCCUCCAGAGCGUCGAAAAGCUCAUCAGACUACUAUCUCCGGCCGCCGUCCACCCGGCCGGGGCCGGCGACUACCAGGCGGUGACUGACGCCGCCGUCAUCAAGUUCAAGAAAUUCAUCUCCCUCCUCGACCGGACCCCGCAGACCGGUCACGCCCGGUUCCGCCGCGGUCCGCUCUCGAAUCCGGUUCGGACGGCUGAACCUGAUAUCCCGUCGGCCAGGGCCGUAAAAGCCGACGAGGGCGGCCAGUGCUCGAGGGCCCACUUCCCGGCGCCGUCCCAGAGGCUGCCGCCGCUUCCGGCGGCGAAGCCAGGGCAGAUCGAGCGGAAGGAGACGUCGACGACCAUCAACUUCGCGACUCCGGCGGCGUCGUUCAUGUCGUCGCUGACGGGGGACACGGAGAGCCUGCAGCCGUCGAUGACGUCAUCGGGGUUCCAGAUCACGAACCUGUCGCAGGUGUCCUCCUUGGGCCGGCCGCCGCUCUCGACGUCGUCGUUUAAGAGGAAGUGCAGCUCCAUGGACGACGCCGGUGGAAAGUGCGGCGGCGGGUCGUCUAGGUGCCAUUGCCCCAAGAAAAGGAAAUCGAGGUUGAAAAGGGUAAUGAGAGUCCCGGCGAUAAGCAUGAAAUUGGCUGAUAUUCCACCGGACGAUUACUCGUGGAGAAAGUAUGGUCAAAAGCCAAUCAAGGGCUCACCUCAUCCUAGGGGAUAUUACAAAUGCAGCAGCGUGAGAGGGUGCCCGGCCCGAAAGCAUGUUGAGCGGGCCUUGGACGACCCAACAAUGCUAAUCGUGACAUAUGAAGGAGAACACAAUCACGCACUCUCCAGUACAGAAGCACCUGCUCUGGUUCUUGAAUCAUCUUGAUCUACAUAUUGUUAUUAUUAUUUAUUAAAUGGACAAAAAUGUCAAUUGUGAUCCAACGGCCCGGGUUUCAUCCCACAAGAAAUGGCAUAAAGUCCGAUCGCUACUCGUGGAAAAAGAAGAUGAAUAUAGUCAACGCUGGGUGCAUGCGAAUCUGCCAUUCUUUCUCCCAAUAUUGGAAAAAUAAAAUAUAUUUCAUAUAUAAAGAAAUUUGAGGUUCCAUUU